AUGUUAACCAUCUUUGAUAGAAUAUUAAUAAGAAUUGACUGGUUUGAUAACGAAAGUCAGUAUAAAAUCGGUAUGUAUAUAAAUCGAAAACGUACUAACUACCACCACCAACCACCACCACCACCACCUCCGCCUCCGCCUCCACCUCAACCUCCACCACCUCCAUUACUACUACCACCACCUCCUCCUCCACCACUACCACUACCAUCUCCACCUCCUCCACCACUACCACCACCACCUCCUCCUCCACUACCACCAUCACCAUCACCACCACCACCACUACCACCUCUACCUAUACCUAUACUACAUCGCCUACUUUACUACGUUCCUGUUUUAUAA